AUGGUCGCUGCUGAGACUGAAGAACACGUUGGUGCACCACACCACCGAUCGGAUGAGGCAGCCGAAAGGUGUCAAGGUGUGGAGUACAAUGUGUCCUAUGUGUAUCAUUCCAUGUUCGCCUAUUUUGACAGAGACAAUAUUGCUCUCAAGGGCUUUGCCAAAUUUUUUAAGAAUUCACGUGUUGAAGAAAGGCAGCAUGCUGAGAUGUUUAUGGAUUACCAGAACAAAAGAGGAGGAAAGGCUGUGCUGCAGUCCAUGCUGGUGCCCAUAGCAGAAUAUGGUCAUCCUGAGAAGGGCGAUGCACUUUAUUCAAUGGAACUUGCUUUGUCCCUGGAAAAGCUGAACAAUGAGAAGUUUCUUAAUUUACACAAAAUGGCUAAUGAAGCACACGACAUGCAUCAGGCGGACUUUAUUGAAACUGAAUUUUUGACUGAGCAGGUGAAAAAGCUCCCAGAAUAUGUAGCUCAGUUGAGUAGAGUGGGCAACGGACAUGGUGCUUGGCACUUUGAUAUGAUGCUUAACAAUCAACUGAUGGCUGCACGAUAA